AUGGAAGAGGCCAAAACCGAAGUCCGCCGUCUUGUUAGUGCCGAAUAUCCAGAUGGCGUCACAGACGUUGAAUUCUAUCCCUCCGACUUCUCAUCGGACGAGGAUAUCAGUGUCGCACCGGACCCCCCUGCCCCCGCAAUGUCAGCUGAGGAUACCACCUGGGACCAGGAACGACGUGAAAAAGAAAGCCAGAAGAUCAAGGAGGGCGAAACAGGUGUUGAGAACGUCAUUCUGGAACUGAAGAGCGAUGUCAAGAACGAAAAACAACCAACGAAUUAUGUAAUCCCUAGAAUCAAGUUUCACUACAGGUGGACAGUGGCUCAAGUAUCCUUUGGGCACAGAGUCGCAUCCAAGUUAGCCAAGAUGUCCCACCUGGGCGAUCAGUCGUGGAUCUCACUAUUGAAGAAGCUGCGAGAUUUCAAGAGGGGUCCAAAGCAUAUGAGAUUCUUUAUGGCGGCGGGAAAAAAAGUCGCAUUUUCCUUGUUUGAAGCCACUGUUGGCAUCGGAGGAUUGAAGACACCCCAAGUUUUCGGAGCCGCUAAGAUUGCAGCCCAGGAAAACCUCCUGCCUCUGGGGAUUCUGGGGCUGGGCUUUUCUGCGGAUAACUCACCUAUUCCGUUCCAUCGGACACUGGUGGUUCACUUGAUGGAAAGCGGCAUGAUCAAAAGAGCGUCUUUUGCACUCAUUGGGCCUCGUUCCGAACCUGCUGGGUCCAUCAGGCUCAACGAUCAGAGAACACGAGAUCGAGGAUGGCUUGUGAUUGGGAGCCUACCGGAUUCCUACCACAAUGGUAUAACUUGGUGUCCCGCACUUGCAGAUAAGUAUCGGGCUUGGGUGAUUCGUCUCAACAAAGUGACCGUCAACGGCAUAGUAGUUUGCGAGGAUCAAUUGGCCCUUGUCGAUACAGGUAGCUCAUAUUUAACGACCACAGAAGACAACUGUCGCGAGAUAGCCAAGGUCAUCCAAGGCAAAGCCAACAACCGCAUCGUGGCCUAUCCCAAUGGCAAUCUCAGAGAGUUCUCAUUCACCUUUGGCGAUGCAGCUGGAGAGGCCACUUUCGGGCUCAACAAAGAGGACUUGUCGCUGGGUCCAGUGUCUGGGUCUGGGGAUGGCUUCUUGAGGAGCCCAGUCACUUACAUGAGUUUUGGCAACAAGAAGUACAAUUGGGUUCUGGGUGGCAUCUUCAUAGACAACAUGAUCUCGAUCUACGAUUAUACUGGAGAACCACGAGUUGGGUUUGCGUCGAGAUCUGACGUGAACCCAGUUAUUACAAAGAUUUAA